AGAACCAUGUCAGCUCCUCCAAUGAUGUAAAGGAUCCCUUUCGCUUUUAUUCGAUUUUUGCCUCCUAAACAGUUGUGAACAUGCACGCUGUAACUUAUUACUGCGGGGGACUUUUUUUCACGAGCAAUGCACUGGACUUAAGUGUGGAUUUGUUCCAAGUUUUCCUCGCUGCCCGACAGAACUCAUGAAACCCUCUUCAGAGCGACGGGUUUAUGGACUCGCGUAUUAGCUAAUGAUGUCUAUGGGUUUCAUGCCUGACAGUCUGAAUGCCUCAGAUCCCUCCAAAUCGGCCUUUCUAGAGUUUGGCCACGGACAUCCGGCACACCAGCAGCACUCCCCAGGACUCUCUCACAUUUACCCCGUUCAUGGCUUGCAUGCCGCUGGGCACUCCCAGCACGAAAGUCCUUUUCCUGGCAGCGCGUCCUAUGGCCGCUCUUUGGGCUACGCCUACCCCGGCGCGGUGAACCAUCAUUCCCCGUCUGCUUACAUGUCCUACCAGCACAGCAAUCACAGCAACAGCAGCAGUCUGGCCCACAGCAGAUUAGAGCACACAGAUCGCGAGAAGUCCACGGCAAUUGAAAACAGGGACCUCCGUCUAAAUGGCAAAGGGAAGAAAAUCCGGAAGCCUCGGACUAUCUACUCCAGUCUGCAGCUGCAGGCUCUGCACCAGCGCUUCCAGCAGACCCAGUACCUGGCCUUACCGGAACGCGCCGACUUGGCGGCCAAACUGGGACUCACCCAGACUCAGGUGAAAAUAUGGUUUCAGAAUAAGCGCUCCAAGUAUAAAAAGAUCAUGAAGCAUGGCAGCGGAUCAGAGGGAGAACAUCUCCACAGCACUAGCUCCAUCUCCCCCUGCUCGCCCGGGUUGCCGCAGCUCUGGGAGGUCUCCAUGGCGAACAAAGGAGCCCAAAUGCACCCAAACAAUUACAUGAACAGUUUUGGUCACUGGUAUCCAAACCACCAUCCUCACCAGGACGCGAUGCCCAGGCCUCAGAUGAUGUGAGUGGAUUGUUUUACGGGGGUCGUGCAGGCCAGGUGCUCAGGCCUAUAUGAAGCGCACUUCAGACUACACUGAACUUGCUCUCAAGGCCUCUUCUCAGAACUGAAUUGUGUUUAAAUGCGUGUUUUAAUAGAACUUUUCCUGUAUUUGUGUGUGCGAUUUGAAUUCACUCUUCAAUGAAAAAAAUUCGACCAGACAUCACAUUUAUUUUUCAGAUUUGUUAACAAUGUCAGUGAGACUUCUGGUGCACGGCCGCAACUCACUGAAAUGUGGGCUCAGUGUGUGCAGUUUAGCAAAAGACUGGAUAAAGGCUUUUUAAAGAAUAUAUUGUGUGCGUGGGUCUAUUUCAACGAGUUUUAGCUGCAUU